AUUAUUUUGGUACCUCAUUUUAUUCUUCAAUGUAAAGAAGAUGUUUAACAGUUUUUAAGUCACUAUCAUUCCACUCUUUACAAAAUAAAAAUUUAUAGAUUAUUUUGUUCACAAAAUUUAUUUUAGGUCUCAAAUAAAUUAAAAACAUUUUGAUCUUGCUGACUGACCAAAAAUACAAAAAAAUAAUUAGGCCUUUGUUAUUUUUUAAAGAAAAACGAUCGAUACAACUUGUAUAAAGAAAUCAAGAAACUAAAUCUUACGUUAUGAAGGGUGAAUUUAACGCAAGCAAUGCUAAGGACAUCCCUGGUUUAAUGCAUGUUUCCUGUAUUUCACGACUCUAUAUUUAUUCAUUACCUAUUGUAAAAUGUUUUGAAGGUGCAUUGUCACAUUUUUAUAUUCUUUAUCGAUUGGUGAAUCCUCUUUGGUCUAAUUAACAACCAACCCGUUUUGAAAUCUAUCCAAAACGUUGACUGAUCAUUAAUCUACUGAUCUUGCAAUUUAUAACAUGGUUUCUACUAAUUAUCUUUAGUUCUGCUUACUAAUAUUUUAAGUUAGUUAUAUUUCGAAUUGAAUUCAAAUGACUAAUGAUUUUCUGUUAUUCACCACUCACCAGGGAGUCCAGGAUUUAAUUUAGUGAUCCGAAAAUCAAAGAAUUUGAACAUGCAUGUGAGAUAUGUAUACAUAAUGAAACUUUAUUAACUCACCAUUCACUAAUAGUCAACUUUAUAUAAUAAAUAAUAACAAAAAUACAUACAAGGUAUAAAGUACAAUCAUAUAUAAGAUACACCAUUGCUAAAAAAAAAUAUAAGAUACACCAAAUAUUCUUCAUUUAUUCAACCUUUAAUCAAUCUAAAAAGAGAAAGAGAUACCAAAUCUAUAGUACCCUUAAUUAUACUAACUAUAUUCAAUAAACCCCAAAUCAUUAAUGCCCAUAAAUCUUUGUCAAAUUUGACUAGUAUAGUUUCCUGCACAGUUACGGUUACCGGUAAUGCUUUACAUGGAAAUUUAUAUCGUGAUCAUUAGUAUUUUCUUAAACUAAAUCAAUCAUAUUCAUAUUACAGAAUCUGGGUACAAGUUGACGAAAUUAAAUAUUAAUAAAAUAAAAUAUAAACUUCCAUAUACAAUCAUAAUUGAUUUUGCCUCAAAUUAAACCUUUACCUUACUAACAUAACAUUCCUAUAAAUUCCCCUCUCACACACCUUCUUCUCCGAUAUCAAUUCAUCCUCAAUAGACUAACAUUCUCUGAAAAAAACACAAAAAAUGAUUCACAAAACAUCAGGUCUUCUUCUUCUUCCUCUGACUCUCAUCUUUCUUGAUUUCAUCCUAAUCUCAUCAUUAGCCAACCCGACCCCAAUCACAUCCCUCAAUGUCUUAACCUACGGAGCUAAACCAGAUGGCUCAAAAGACUCAACCAAAGCCUUCUUAGCCGCGUGGGAAGCCGCAUGUGCCUCUCCGAAUCCCACAACUAUUAUUGUACCAAAAGGACGGUUCUUGGUCGGAAACCUUGUAUUCCAAGGCAACAAAUGUACGAAUGCUCCAAUAUCUUUUCGUAUAGCCGGCUCAAUUAUUGCACCGGAAGAUUUUAGAGUUAUCGCAAGCUCACUACAAUGGAUCAUGUUCGAUGGAGUCACUAACGUUUCAAUCUACGGUGGUGUACUUGACGCACAAGGCUCUAGUUUGUGGAAAUGCAAGAACAGUGGUGGCAAAAAAUGCCCUACUGGCGCUAAGACUUUGUUAUUUACUGAUUCGAAUAACAUCAGUAUCUACGGUUUAACGUCGAUCAAUAGCCAGAAGUUCCAUAUAGUUAUCGACCAGAGCAAUAACGUUAAGAUUGACGGCGUUAAAGUUUCUGCUGAUGCGGAUAGCCCUAACACCGAUGGGAUUCACAUCGAGAACUCUCACUCAGUGAAUAUCACUAACUCAAGAAUUGGAACCGGGGACGAUUGCAUCUCCAUCGGUCCAGGAUCCACUCAUGUUUCUAUACAAGGCAUUCAAUGCGGUCCAGGCCAUGGCAUCAGUAUCGGGAGUCUUGGGAGAUCAGAGGACGAGCAAGGAGUGGAGAACGUGAUGGUGAGUAACGUGGAUUUCAUGUCAACGGAUAACGGAGUUAGGAUCAAGACAUGGGGAAAAGAUAGCAAGAGUUUCGUACGAAACAUUGUUUUCCAACAUAUUAAAAUGAAGAUGGUCAAGAACCCGAUUAUCAUAAACCAACACUAUUGUCUUGACAAACCUUGCCCUAAAAAGGAAUCUGGAGUUGAAAUAUCAAAUGUGAGAUAUGAAGAUAUACAAGGGACAUCGAAUACGGAAGUGGCGGUUAUGUUGGAUUGUAGUAAGGAUAAACCAUGUACCGAUAUUGUAAUGGGUAAUGUGAAUCUCGUCUUGCAAAUGGUUAAUGGGUCGGCUCAGGCUUCUUGCAACAAUGCAAAUGGAUUAGCUAAUGAUGUCGUUGUCCCGUUCACUCCUUGUCUAAAGAGAGACUUGCUUUUGACAUGAUAUAUUGAAGGAUCACCGAAUCGAUGUCGUCCCGAUUGCUCCUUGACUAAAGAUUAGUUUAUGAAGCUAAAUCAGUGAACGACGCUUUAUUGUUUGCUAGUUGUUUUUUUUUUCCUUUGGUUUCUAUGUUGCUACUUAUUUUGAUCUUUAAAAAUUUUUGUACUCGAACUUAUGGUAUGAACUUUUAAAGUAAUGAUUAAAGUUUUGGCUCAGAUCAUUAUAUUUCAGUAACGUAAGGAUAAACUUUGCUAACAUAAGCAAAAUGUUAACUGCACUUUCUAAAAUUAUAAAAGGUUUCAAAUGAUAGUAGUUUUCUUUAUGAGUUUUAGCUAUGAUUUUUCUUUGGGGUUAUGUAAUAGACGAUUAGAUACUAGUCAUCGACCCAAAAAUGUAAUAGAUGAACUAACUUUUUAUAUAAAAUUUCACAUAUGAAUACAUAAAGAAAUCAAGAAACAAAAUCUUACGUAGUGAAUUGCGACUUUAACGCAAGCAAAGCUACGGACAUCCUUGGUUUCAUGCAUGUUUCCUGUACUUCACAACUCUAUAUUUAUUCAUUACCUUCUGGCUUCUGUAAAAUGUUGUGAAUGUGCAUUGCUACAUUUCUAUAUUCUCUACCGAUGGGAGAAUCCUCUUUGGUCUAAUUAACAAUCAACCUGUUUCGAAAUCUAUUCAAAACGUUGACUGAUCAUUAAUCCACUGAUCUUGUAAUUUAUAACAUGUUUUCUACUAAUCAUCAAUUAAUUCCGCUUACUUGUAUGUUAUUUAUCUUUGUCAAUUCAAAUGACUUGUGAUUUUCUGUUAUUCAGCAGGGAGUUUAGGGUUUACUUUAUCAAAGAAUUUGAACAAGCAUGUGAGAUAUGUAUACAUGAUGAAACUUUUAUUAAAUCACUAUUCACUAAUAGUCAUUAGUUCAUAUUUAAAAAUAAAUAAUAACAAAAAUACAUACAGGGAAAACGUACAAUCAUAAUUCAUAAGAUCUACCAAAUAUUUUUCAUUUACUCAAUCUUUAAUCAAUCUAAAAAGAGAAAGACUACUAAAUCUAUAGAACCUAAUCAGUUUCAACCAAAUAUUCACCAAUUAAUUAUACUAACUAUUCAAUAAACCCCAAAUCAUUCAUAAAUCUUUGUCUAAUUGGACUAGUAUAAUUUCGUGCACAGUUACGGUUACCGGUAAUGCUGUUUUACAUGGAAAUUUAUCUCGUGAAUAGUAUUUUCUUGAACUAAAUCAAUAAUAUCCAUAUUGCAGAAUCUGGGUACAAGUUGACGAAAUUAUAUAUUAAUAAAAUAAAAUAUAAACUUCCAUAUACAAUCAUAAUCUAUUUUGCCUCAAAUUAAACCUUUACGUUACUAAACUAACAUAUAAAUUCCCCUCUCACAUACCUUCUUCUCAAUAUCAUCCAUCCUCAAUAGACUAACCUUCUCUGAAAAAAAAACACAAAAAUGAUUCACAAAACAUCAUGUCUUCUUCUUCUUCCUCUGACUCUCAUCUUUCUUGAUUUCAUCCUAAUCUCAUCAUUAGCCAAACCGACCCCAAUCACAUCCCUCAAUGUCUUAACCUACGGAGCUAAACCAGAUGGCUUAAAAGACUCAACCAAAGCCUUCUUAGCCGCAUGGCAAGUCGCAUGUGCCUCUCCUAAUCCCACAACUAUUAUUGUACCAAAAGGACGGUUCUUGGUCAGAAACCUUGUAUUCCAAGGCAACAAAUGUACGAAUGCUCCAAUAUCUUUUCGUAUAGCCGGUUCAAUUAUUGCACCGGAGGAUUUUAGAGUUAUCGCAAGCUCACUACAAUGGAUCAUGUUCGAUGGAGUCACUAACGUUUCAAUCUACGGUGGUGUACUUGACGCACAAGGCUCUAGUUUGUGGAAAUGCAAGAACAGUGGUGGCAAAAAAUGCCCUACUGGCGCUAAGGUUCGCUUGACCCACAAGUAACUAUAAACUUCCCUGAUAUACAUGCAGUUUAUAUAUUAACUUUACUUGUUUGUGAACUGUUUUUGCAGACUUUGUUAUUUACUGAUUCGAAUAACAUCAGUAUCUACGGUUUAACGUCGAUCAAUAGCCAGAAGUUCCAUAUAGUUAUCGACCAGAGCAAUAACGUUAAGAUUGACGGCGUUAAAGUUUAUGCUGAUGCGGAUAGCCCUAACACCGAUGGGAUUCACAUCGGGAAGUCUCACUCAGUGAAUAUCACUAACUCAAGAAUUGGAACCGGGGACGAUUGCAUCUCCAUCGGUCCAGGAUCCACUCAUGUUUCUAUACAAGGCAUUCAAUGCGGUCCAGGCCAUGGCAUCAGGUAACACAAAAAUUCAUUUCUUGCCAUACAAGUUACUUAAUAUCUCGACUUAAUUUGGUUUGUGGAUCCUCAACAUAGUAUUGGAAGUCUUGGAAGAUCAGAGGACGAGCAAGGAGUGGAGAACGUGCUGGUGAGUAACGUGGAUUUCACGUCAACGGAUAACGGAGUAAGGAUCAAGACAUGGGGAAAAUAUAGCAAGAGUUUUGUUAGAAACAUUGUUUUCCAACAUAUUAAAAUGAAGAUGGUCAAGAACCCUAUCAUCAUUAACCAACACUAUUGUCUUGACAAACCUUGCCCUAAAAAGGUAAUAAUUAAAUUAAAUAACCGUAUCUUAUUACCCCUAAUUAUUUAUAUAUAUUGAGUCAAUUAAUUUGUAAAUUUUAUUACAGGAAUCUGGAGUUGAAAUAUCAAAUGUGAGAUAUGAAGAUAUACAAGGGACAUCGAAUACGGAAGUGGCGGUUAUGUUGGAUUGCAGUAGGGAGAAACCAUGUACCGAUAUUGUAAUGCGCAAUGUGAAUCUCGUCUUGCAAAGGAUUAAUGGAUCGGCUCAGGCUUCUUGCAAUAAUGCAAAUGGAUUAGCUAAUGAUGUCGUUGUCCCGUUCACUCCUUGUCUGAAGAGAGACAUGCUUUUGAUAUGAUAUAUGGAAGGAUCACCGAAUAGAUGUUGUCCCGACUGCCCAUUGACUGAAGAUGAGUUUAUGAAGCUGAAUCAGUGAACGACGUCGUAUUGUUUGCUAGUUGUUUUUUUCCUUUGAUUUCUAGGUUGGUGCUUAAGUAGAACCUCAAUAAAUUAAUAAUCGAUAAAUUAAUAAUUUCUAUAAAUGAAUAAAUUUCACCAGUCUUAACUUAGACCGAUUCAAAAUUAGACAUAAAUUUAUAAAAUAAUAAGAUAAUCAUAUUUUAUAUAAUUAUAUAGUCCCAUUAAAAUUAUAAAUUAACAAUUUAUAUGUAUACAUAUUUUAUAUAAAUAAGAACCUAUUAUUA